UGUAUUGUUAUGUUUUGUAUAGCAUGCAUGGUAUGUGUUCUGAUCUAGGGCUAGGUGUGUGACAACUUUUGAAAUAAAAGUAGACUAGUGUUUGGGUACAUCAUUCAAUUUAUAUCAAGGUUUGUCGAUGGAUGAUUACAACGUAUACCUUUGGCAGGUUCUUCACCGUGGGAAGGAGGGUGUAUUGAAUUCUGGAACCAGCAACGAGCCAAUGAAAUGUCACGAUCCACGUUACCAAUGGCAACGAACUCCAAACAGUCCUCUGUAUGUAAAAGAAGAGCAAGCAUAAUAUUCGAACCUACAGAAUCUAGAGUCAUUCGCUUUGUUUUAUGAAUGUGAGGAGAUGAGCUCACCACUUUCAAUGUUGGGGAAAAACCGACGGGUUCAUCUUCCUGGGCCCAUGAACCAGCAAGGGAGAAGAGUGCCUUUGAAGGAGAAUCCAUUUGCAGGUAUGGAAUUAAGAAUAUGAAGCUACUCUGCUGAAUGAUGUAUCUACUUUGAAUCACCCUACGCCUCAAGCUCAAGCCACUGAUAUUGCCUGUCCUUCCAAAUCAAAGGGCACACAAAGGAAAAGCAACAGCUGUUGUGCACCCCCUAGUGAUUUUGAGCUGAUGUCCUCCAUGAUGCAGAGGCUGAACCUGCUGGAGACCAAGGUGAAGACCCAAGCCCUGGACAUUGACCACAAGGAGAAAAUUAUUACAGUUCUGGAGGAGAAAGUGAAGCUUCUUCAGAAGUCAAAAGAGAAAAACAGUGAUAGGAGCAGAGAGGAUGAUCUCAUAAGAACAUGCCACAGGCUUCAGGGCCAGGUAUUGGAGAUGGAGCGGUUUCUGAACUACUACGGCAUGAUCUGGGUGGGGAACGUAGAGAGGAGUGCGACACAGCCAGUCAACAGGAAGUAGAGGAAGCUGAGCAGACCCAGAGCUCCGAGAGAGGGGUGUGGCAGCCAGAGACCUCUGUGGCCAGGAGGAACUUCCAGAUGAACUUUGACCUGGUGCUCCAGAACAUCCAGCAGUUGAACAUCCUGGCUGGAGAAGGAGAGUCCUACAUCAGGGCCACGUCCAGAGGGGCACAGCUGGCCCAGCAGCACCUCAUCCCACUACAGCUCUACAGCAAUGGCAUCUUCAUGUUCAAUGGGCCCUUCCGCUCUUACCAGGAAGCCAGCACACAGCAGUGCAUGCAAGACCUGAUGGACGAAUACUUCCCUUCUGAGCUACAGGACAGGUUUGCAGAUGGGGUGCCCUUUCAGGUUCAUGACAGGCGAGAGGAGGAGUUCAAAGAGAGGCGACCGUGGGCAGAGUUCCCUGGGAAGGGGCAGGCUGUUGUUGGAGGCACAGAGGGGGAGAAAUCAACAGAGAGCUUAGGACACGCCUACUGUACACUCUCUCAGAUACCCGACAGAAAACUGACAAUGGACCAGUUCCUGAACAGGCUUCCCAAGGUGGUAGUGAAGGCUGGUAGAGUGAUUGACAUCAGGGACUCACUGAAAGCCAGUCUACAGGGCUCUUCUGAUGCUCCAAACAGCCAUGCUGUGACCCUCAUAGACACACCAGUGCUACAGGCCAUGAAAGAGAGGUUGGAGUGGCAUGAGACGGCCCGUGAUGUCACCACACUGAGGGUGAAGUCAGAGGAUGGCGAGCACACCUACAUCAUGAAAAUGCGCUUCUCUGAGACCAUAGGUCACCUGCGCCAGUAUCUGGACAAGCACAGAUGGACAAAUGCCCCAGCAUAUGACAUCAUCAGUGCGUUCCCACAGCGCUGCUACAGUGAGGAUUCCCAGACACUCCUCUCCUGCGGGCUCACUCCCAAUGCUGCUCAGGACUAGGCCAAGCCCACCUCAAUGAGAGAACAAUCGCCUUGUCACGCUCCUCAUGGUUAUAAAAUAUUUACUUUCAUAAACAUGUAUAUUCAGAUCUGAUAGGGAUGUGGCACUGGAGGGCGCCAACACUUACAAAACUUUUUUUCAGGAUCAUCAUGACAUUGGAAAAUCCUAAAUUCCAUUGGAAUACAAUAACUUGCAUAAUUAUUGAUGCUGAUGCAGACAAUUCACCUUGAACCAUGACUGCUUAAAAAGGUAGAGUUAGCAAAAUAACGUUGCAUGAGCAGCACCGCAGAUAUUGCGAUGAGAAAGACUUGGUCUCAGUCACACUCAGUAUCUGCACAUGGGCACGGGUUCGCUUCACGCUCUUACAACGUGGUAGCCAAGGGACCAAAACAGCAGAGCCGUUUAGCCUCGCGCUUCAAUGCUCUUAGCUGUUGCGGAACAUUGACCCACUAUGCCAGGGUUCUUCAAUUCCGGUCCUGGAGGGCCGAAACACUUCUGUUUUU